CGGUGCCGCCGGUGUCCGCCGCGCUGCUCUCGGCGGUAUUGUUGGACCCCUUCAUGCUGCUCGCGGUGCUGCUGCUGGGGCCCGUCGCGUUGAUCGCGGUGCCGCUGCUGCCCGGGUCCAUGGUGCUGCUUUCGGCGGCGUUGCCGGAGCCCGUCUUGCUGCUCUCGGCGGCUCCCGUCGUACUGCUCCCGGCGCUGCUGCUGCUGGAGCCCGUCGCGUUGCUCCCGGCGCCGACGAUGCUGGGGUUCGCCCCUCUGAUCGCGGCGGCGCCGCCGGAUUUCCUCGCGCUGGUCUCGGCGGUGUUACUGGAUACCGUAUUGGUGCUCUCGGCGGUGCAGCUGGAACCCGUCGCAGCCCCCAUUUCGGAGCACCUCGCGGCCCGCCGCUGCGCGCUCCAUGUGGUUUUGAAUGUAUAA